AGUUCGUCUCGCUGUAGUCUGAGGAUUAAUGGACGGCUGUUGAUUUUGGCAAGUAAGCCACAGCUGAUCGGAUCUGAAACCUGAGAAAUCAUCGGACCUUAGCUCAAGGAAAGGGAGGGGCUGCUAUCGAUUUGCAAUAAUAAUUACUUGGAAAAGUGGAUAUAUAAGAUUUUUGUGUUGGAAUACAUUGGAAAGUAAAGGGCCUUUAGUGGUGUCUGCAAGUGACUGACUGAAUGAUAGAUAGAUAGCUAGCUAGGAAGGGGACGAUAGCUAGCGAACUAGCCAGGCGCGCCGAACCGGUUCGACGUUCUUGAUUGUUCCAGGUAGAGCUAAGCAACAUUCGCUACCGAAAUAGAGGGAAAACCGGCUAGCUAGCUAGGUCGUUGGCUAGCCGUUGGCUGGCCAGCUAGCUAGCCUGUGCAGCUAGCUAGUUUACCCCCCCCCCAACCCCGGAUAAAGGAAAAGUAGUAGCGGAGUACAAUUGACCUCACUGUUGGCUAGUUAGCCAUGAUAACAGCCAGCUAGUAGCCAGCUUCCUCAAAUACAGAACUAAAAGGGCUCGUGAAAACUUAAAAGUAUCCCAGAUCCAAGGGAUCCCUAUCGGCCUGCAAUCAUGGGCAACGCGCCCACCGCCAAGAAGGGCAACGAGAUGGAAAGUGUGAAGGAGUUUCUUGCCAAAGCCAAAGAGGAUUUCCUCAAGAAAUGGGAGAAUCCAGCACAGAACACCGCGGCCUUGGAUGGCUUUGACCGUCUGAAGACCCUGGGCACGGGCUCGUUUGGUCGAGUCAUGCUGGUCAAGCACAAAGAGUCGGGCCAGCAUUUUGCCAUGAAGAUACUUGACAAACAGAAGGUGGUGAAGCUGAAGCAGAUAGAACACACGCUGAAUGAGAAACGCAUCCUGCAGGCCGUCAGCUUCCCCUUCCUGGUGCGGUUGGAGCACUCUUUCAAGGACAACACUAACCUGUAUAUGGUGAUGGAGUAUGUCCCUGGCGGUGAGAUGUUCUCACAUUUAAGGAGAAUUGGCAGGUUCAGUGAGCCCCACGCCCGCUUCUACGCCGCCCAAAUUGUUCUGACCUUUGAAUACCUUCACUCACUGGACCUCAUCUACCGAGAUCUGAAACCAGAGAACCUGCUCAUUGACAACCAGGGAUACAUACAGGUAACAGAUUUUGGUUUUGCAAAGCGAGUGAAGGGCCGGACCUGGACGCUGUGUGGCACUCCGGAGUACCUGGCCCCUGAAAUCAUCCUUAGCAAAGGUUAUAAUAAGGCGGUGGACUGGUGGGCUCUGGGCGUGCUGAUUUAUGAGAUGGCUGCUGGCUAUCCUCCCUUCUUUGCUGACCAGCCCAUUCAGAUCUAUGAGAAGAUUGUAUCAGGGAAGGUGCGCUUUCCCUCCCACUUCAGCUCGGACCUGAAGGACCUGCUGAGGAACCUGCUCCAGGUGGACCUGACCAAGCGCUUCGGCAACCUGCGCAACGGCGUCAACGACAUCAAGGGACACAAGUGGUUCGCCACCACUGACUGGAUUGCCAUUUACCAGAGGAAGGUGGAGGCACCGUUUAUUCCCAAGUGCAAAGGCCCCGGUGACACCAGCAACUUUGACGACUAUGAGGAAGAGGAAAUCCGAGUCUCCUUCACAGAGAAAUGUGGCAAGGAGUUUGCUGAGUUCUAGGCCCAACCAGGAGUAGCGGAAAGAGCCAGGGAUGUAGAGAGAAGGCAGGAACAGAAGGAAAUGGGAGGAGAGGUGAUAAGCUGGACUGCUAACUUGCAUUUUGUAAUUACGACAUCAACAAUGUAACAACCCCA